GCUCUAGCCGCCGACGGCAGGGGUGGGCGGUGCAAGAUGGCGGACGAGGGGACUGUUUGCAGCUUCGUUUUCAAGAAGCGGGGCCUGGCGGCGGGUAGGGGUCGGCGUAAGCGGCCCAGCAGCGAUCAGGAGCAGGAGAGCAGCGGUGAGGAGGGCAGCACGGUGGUGCGGAAGGAGCGGCGGCGGGAGACCCCCAACCCCAUGAUCCAGAAGACCAGGAGAUGCACAAAGGAGAGGCCUGCCUACGCGCUGAGCAGUAGUGACGACGAGGAUCCAUCAAAGGAGAUCGGAGUCACUUACAAAUCGACAAGGUCGGCGAAACCUGUUGGCCCAGAAGACAUGGGAGCCACAGCAGUGUAUGAACUGGACACGGAGAAGGAGAAAGAUGCCCAGGCCAUCUUCGAGCGCAGCCAGAAAAUCCAGGAGGAGCUGAGAGGAAAGGAAGAUGAUAAAAUUUACCGUGGUAUUAACAACUACCAGAAGUAUGUGAAGCCCAAGGACACAUCGAUGGGAAAUGCCUCUUCAGGAAUGGUCAGAAAAGGACCCAUCCGUGCUCCGGAGCACUUGCGGGCCACGGUGCGAUGGGACUACCAGCCUGAUAUCUGCAAGGACUACAAAGAAACUGGGUUCUGCGGCUUUGGAGACAGCUGCAAAUUCCUCCACGACCGCUCGGACUACAAACACGGCUGGCAGAUCGAACGGGAACUGGAUGAAGGCCGGUACGGAGUCAAUGAUGAGGAAAACUAUGAGGUGAGCAGCGAUGAGGAGGAUAUGCCUUUCAAAUGCUUCAUCUGCAGAAGUUCCUUCAAGAACCCCGUGGUCACCAAGUGUAGGCACUACUUCUGUGAGAGCUGUGCCCUCCAACACUAUCGCAAAUCCCAGCGCUGCUAUGUCUGUGACAAGCAAACCAAUGGAGUCUUCAACCCAGCAAAAGAGCUCAUGGCAAAAUUGGAAAAACACAAAGGGGAGGAAGAGGAGGAACAGCAGCAUUCAGACCAUGCAGAGGAUCCACAAUAGCAGAGCACCCUGUUUUGUAUUUUGCUGAAUAAAGCUUUCAUGGGAGAAAAAAAAAAAAAAGCUCACAGCGGUUGCCUUGGGGCCAGCAGCUGUAGCCAGGCAUUGUGUAUCCAACCAGCAGCUACUCAAACAGUGUCCUGACUGUGCCGGACUCCUCGUUUGCGGCCCUGUGAAGGCAUAAGGCAGAACAGGUAAGGUCAGACUCAAGAGUCACAGCUGAGUACAGCCGUCUGCUACCACCAUGCUGCCAGCAGGACCACAACAGUUGCCUCUGAGUGCAGCAGUGCGCCUGGGGAAGGUGGUGUUGAAGACUACAUUCAGUUACUUCAUAACUUCUUUUUUUGACCAAGGCGCUGCUGUUUCACUUCUAACUUUGCACUGAUCCUGCUUGCUUCCUGUUGCUGUGUAAGCAUAAAACUAUCAUCUCUAAGUUAAUUUAUAUCCAUAAUCUUUGAGCAUGUAGCAAGCUGAAAGCAUGGACAGGGAUGAGAAAUAUUAGCUUGUGUUAAGUUCAUCCUUCACCCUAAAAAUGCUAACUCAGGGGAAGGCAGACUAAAGCGCUGCAGUUAUUUGUGAUUUAUUACAGCUCAGUGUAUGCCCUCCUGUGUUUUCUGCCUGCCUCUUGGUUCCUAGGAGAAUUGGAGAGAGGCUUAGAACUUCAGUGGGCAACGCCUGUUGAAUUAUCCCUCUUCUAUGAGGAAACCCAUCUCCUCCAAACCAUCACUCAGUCCCAGAGGUUUUAUGCUGAAUUAACUGAGUUCCUUACCUGCUUGAAAAAGGGAUGAUUAAGCAGAGUGCCUGCGCUUGGCCUGUGGAAGGGAGUUAGAAUAAAGAGAUGCCUCAUUUCAGAAGAUCCAGACAUCUGUGUUUCAAAACAUGUAACCAUAACAGGUAGGUUCUUAAUUACUGCAAGAUAGAAUUUCUUUACAAAUAUUUGGAUAAAGCCAAUUACUAUUCCCCAGGACACCUUAAGCACUGCUUUAUAGUAACUACCUUUCUCCCAUUAAUUACAAACUUCUGUGCCACCAUCCUGUUGCCUGAGCAAAGGCCAUCAAAGGAAAGCUUGUUUAUAGCACUUGUCUGCAUUGUGGCAGUCACCAUUCCUGUCUAAUGCUGGGGCUUCUUGUUUUCAGCUGCUCAUCUCUGAUAAGACCAGCACAGCUGAAGCUGCUUAGCUGAAUGGUGGAAGUGAUGAACCAACUUAGCCCAAGAUAUGAAGAUCAGACACACAUGAAAAGAGAAGCUCCAAAUGAAAGCAAAAACUUUACUGCAAAGCAUUAGUGCUUACAGGAAAAAGAAAAAACAAACCAAAAAACAAAAACCACACCACACAGGGAAGCAGCACUCCCAAGCCUGUCAGCUUUUCUUCACUACAUCUGACAUAAAGCUGCUUUAUUUACAUACACAUAACCUUUUGAAGCAGGAUUUUGCAGAAGACAAACUUCAAUGUUCUUGCAAGUUCCAUUAUACCUUCCAACUCCCUCAAAUUUUCAAAGUCACAAGGAGAGCAUCCUAAUGGGGAACCAAAUUUAUUUGGUGUCUAAGAUAAGACUUAGUUAUCUCAAAUUUCCAGCACAUUAACUCCUCCUGACAUUUGGAACUCCAGCUCAUUUUUUCCACCUCAUUCUUCACCAACUGCAAAUGCCCUUUAUCAGACAUUUUCUCAUGGUACAUGAAGCAGAAAAUGCUUGUGCAUUUUCCUAGAGUGACAGCAAAUACUCUUUUUCCAUCACUGAAAGAUGGAAACAACACAGUGACAGCUGAAAAACAAGGAACUUGCUGUUCUACACUCAGUCCAGGGUAAAUGUAGUGCAAUGAGCACAGAUGUGAAUUUGCCAUAAAUUACCUUUGUGUCCCUAACUAUACUUUGGGAGUAAGCUAAUAGUCAGGCUUCCCAAGUUCUACCUUUUCAAACGACUUUGAACAGCACACAUUUUACCUCUCUCUGCCUACCUUUAAAAUAGGUAUAUUUUUCAGUUAAGAGAAAAGGCAAAAUUUAAGGUUUGUGAACAGUGCUAUGGUGUAAUUUCAGCUCAAACAACUCUAGCACAGCAGCUCAGUCCUGUUUCAGGAUAGCUAACCCCUGAGAUCUCAGCAAUCCCAAAUCCUUUUUGUCUAGUCCUACUAGCACACUACACAGUGCUGUUUCUUGGCCGAGAACAGGCAGCAACUUUCCAUUCAUGAUUUCAAACUUCUGUUAAAGAUGCCUGUCAAUUCUCAUCUCAAUUGUAUCAUUCAUUACUUCUUCCAGCAAUUUCACACAGUCCUGUCAACAGCAAGAUUGCCAGGAGACACACACAGGCAGAUGGAAACCUCUGAAGCAGAAAGGCACCACCAAGGAAAUGAAAGCAGGAGGUUCUGAUAAAGCAGCGUUAUGGAGCAAUGACAGCUGGUGAAACACUGAGCAAUAUGUAAGUGGUUUGCUUUAUUAAAGUCCACUCCAGAUAUAGCAUAAGCCAACAAAACAGAUGCAAAAAAUUAAAUUUAAUCUUAUUAAUGGUGUAGGCUGUUUCAACAAUAAUGGAAAAAUACUGUAAAUUCCCUUUUCAAAAGUCUUCCAGUAUAUCAGAGGUCUUCACUCACCUCUCUUCAUGUUAGUAGUGACCGAUAACUGAGUUAAUGCAAAAGGAGCUCUACCCAAAAUUUAUCAACUUCAUACAGGAGUUUAAAAAAAAAAAAAAGUUAAACUGAAAUGUCAUUUAUGAAAUACUGCAAAAAAGCUCCUCAGUGGUUUCACACAGGACAACUUUUGGUGUAUGGUCAAAAGCAAAAGCAGCUGCAAAAUGAAGUCACAUAUGACUAGCUUUAUGGCAUGACAUUCAUUAAGAGGUAGCUUUCCAGCUUGUUGGUCUGAUUUUAAUUUGAGAUAGAUUUAAGGAAAUUAAUCUUUGAAAGGCAACUACUGUUAUAAAUGCCAUAAGAAAAUCAGUUAAGUGAUGCGAGCAAGGAUCUGCAUUUGCGAAAUGACAUUCAUCCAAGUCAGGAAGAGGGAAUAUAAUUUUUGUUCUGCUGCCUUCCUCUCCAACUCCUCAUUCCCUCACUCACUUUCAGCAUGAGCCACAAAAAUUUUCCUCCCGUCCCUCUCCCCAGAUUAUUUACCUUUUUCUAUAGCCCUGCUGGAAGAAGUAAGGUUUUAUUUAGAUGUAAAAAUCAAAAUGAGAGUCAGCAAUACCACUGCAAAAGUGUUCAAACCCCAAGUGAAUACUUUAACAAAAACAAAACAGAUGCUAAUCUCAAUUUGCUUCCAAUUCAGCAUAUGUGUAACACUCAGCAAUUUAAAAAAAGGUGUGAAUUUGCUUGACUUUAUACAAAACAUUCCAUAUACAUCUCAGAUUUUCAGCAUUGUUUGUGCCAGUAAAUUACAGACACUGGCACAAAAAUCAAUUAUAAGCAGCUUGAACUGACACAGUUACUAUAAUCAAAUCACACUUAAUUCACAUUUGUAAUUAGCUUAAACUAGAGCAACACCUGCACACAGAAGUGUUUUAAUAUGGUAUAUUGAAGGUAGGUGGGAAAUCAUUUCGACAAAUACAUGCUAUCAUAAGUUGUGUUAUUCUAUGAGCAUUGCUCAUUAUGAACAGAUAGUGUGCAAUCAGGGCCUACAGAACAAAAAGCAUCAAGGUAAAGUUUUCAACUGCCACAUUUUGGCUGUACAUUUUUGAACAGACAUGCCAUGUUUGCUAGUGAUUUUAGUUUUUAAGAGGCAAAGCUCUCUAAGCAUGCAUGGAAUUGGCUCCAAGGAUGACCAGACAACAGGAGGUAAAGUGACCUCAAACUGAAAAUUACAUGAUGUUUGGUUUUGAUGUUGGAGCCUCUGUUGUGGCUGCUCUACAGGGAAGAGAAAGGAAAUCAGAAUCGAUGUGUUCAGAAGGGAACACUGGUUUUGAAUAGCCAACAUAAAAUUUUUUGGGCCUAGUUUUCAGAAGUCCCAUCAACUUGUUGUAAGAGAUUAGCAUCUCUGAAGAAUCAGAUCUAAAUCAUCUCGAAAAA